CUGCUUUUCAAUUAUUAAACGUUUUUAUAAAGCGCCGAAUUGUUGUUACCAUGAACUGAUGAAGAUCUGUCGGCUACUCCUCUCUGUAGUAACCGCAGCGAGCAUACUACGACCUGUGACUUAAAAUGAGAAACAGUCCCAACUUUGGAGUAUUAAAUGAACCUAGAGGUUUUAUUAAAAUUUUGGAAGUGCUGUUAGCCAUUUUUGCAUUUUCUUGCGCUACAGGCUUCCGAGGCCAUAUUGAAGUUAUUCAAGAAUUUGAGGCAGGUUCUUCAAACAAUGCAAAAGUAACGUUUAGUUAUCCGUUUGAUACCAAAGUAGCACUACCACUGAAAUAUAAUAAUACGAUUACAAAUUUAGAACUUAUUUUUAACCAACGAUCUUCAUCAGAAUUCUUUGUUGUCAUUGGUGUAUUCUGCUUUUUGUAUUGCUUGAUUAUUUUGGUUUACUAUGUUAUGUUUGAAGAGGAAAAUACUCAAUCAAGCACUGCAACAGGAAUGCUUUCUCUGCCCGUUAUAGAUUUUUGUGUUGGUGCAUUUUGGGCCUUGUUUUGGUUUUUUAGUUCAUGUGCUUUUGCAGCAGCCACAAAUGGUAUCAAAAAAGUUGCAGAUAUAGAGAAGAGUGUUCAUAUGCUUGAUGCAUGUAUUAAUGGUAACAAAUGCACUUUUAUUGGAGCUAAAUAUGCAGCUUUAACGAUUGCUAUUCUUUUGGGAUUUUUAAAUGUGUUUGUAUGGAGCGGCAAUAUGUGGUUCUUGUGGAAAGAAACGCCGUGGCAUACAGCUAAUCGCAGAAAUCAACCAGCAACUUUAGGCGGGCAGAGUCAUCAAUCAGCACCAGCUGCACCUAUAUAAAUAAAUAGUUACCUAUUUACCAUAUAUAAGUUACUUUUUGUAUAGUUAUAUGGGUACACUCAGCCGUUUAUUUAGAACUAUCCUUCGGACGUCUUUUAUGCUGUAAUUUUUAAUUUCAAUAGCUUGUUGGUUUUUUAAAAAAAAAUGUUUAUAUUUCAAA